AUGGCCAGCACCAUGGCUACCCCGACACUCGACGACAAGCUCGACAAGAUCCGCUCGCCGGGUCUGCAGAGCCAGCAGAGGGUACUGUGUGGCCUUCGAGCCCGACGAUUUGAUCCCGAGAUGGCAACAUCUGCUAACAGCCUUCUUCAACAGAGAGUCGUCGUUCUCCAAGCCGUCGAUGCGACCCUCAAAGAACAGAACACGCCCCCAUCCCCCACGGGCUACUUCGCCGCCCUGCUCGGGCUCCUCAGCCAGUCCAUCGAGAGCGGCAGCAUCAACUCGGAGACGACCUCGUCCGUCGUCUACCUCCUCGACGUCGUCACACCGUACGCACCGCAGCCUCUGCUGCGCUCCAAGUUCACCCAGAUCCUCACCCUCCUCGCCCCCAUCCUGCUGCUCCAGGAUGCCGAGGCCAUGCUGCUGCGCGCCUCCAUCGGCUGCCUCGAGUCGCUGCUGCUCGCCCAGGACCUCCCUGCCUGGGAUCUCGGCGUCACCCAGAUCGGCCCCCGCCGUGCCGUCGCCGGCCUGCUGAACCUCGCCCAAGACCCCAAGCCCAAGAUCCGCAAGCGCGCCCAGGACGCCCUGAAGAAGGUCCUCACCAACCCGCCGCCGAGCCCGUCCCUCGACCACCCGGCCGCCGACAUGUGCGCCCACACGGCCCUCGCCACCCUCGAGGACCUCGCCGCCAAGGCCACCCAGGCCCGCAAGACCCAGAAGAAGGCCUCGGCCGAGUCCCAGCACGACCCGGCCCUGCUCCACGCCCUGCAGCUCGUCAAGACGAUCGCCUCGGCGAGCGGUGGCUGGCCCAGCAACAAGAUCGAGAGCCUCUGCGAGCUGCUCCUCGGCAUCGCCCGCUCCGGCGGCGAAUACAUGACCGUGGCCACCUUUGACAUCUUCGAGAUGAUCUUUGCCGGCAUGGCGGCCGACGACGCCGCCGCGUCCUCCAAGCUGCCGCGCCUCAUCGAGAUCAUCUCCGAGCUGCGGCCCGCCGCCAACGACACCCAGCUCAUCCCCCCCUGGCUCGCCAUCCUGUCGCGCGGCUACGACGUCUCGGCCCAGCUCGAGCCCGAGGACACCUUCCAGAACCUGCCCGACCUGUUCACCAUGGUCCUCGCCUUCCUCGAGUCCCCCUCCCACAACAUUCGCAUCUCCGCCUCCGAGUGCCUCGUCUCCUUCCUCGCCAACUGCGUCCCCGCCUCUGUCAUCAUCGAGCCCUCCGUCUACGACGAGAAGACGCUCGACAAGGUGGCCAAGGCGGCCGAGACGCUGCUCAGCGUCAAGUACCAGGCCGCCUGGCCCGAGAGCUUCCACGUCUUCGGCGCCAUGUUCGACACGCUCCGCUGGCGCGCCAACCCCGCCAUGCUGACCAUCCUCCGGGCCGUCGGCGACCUCCGCAGCAACGACGCCUUCGGCGGCAAGAAGGAGGCCGACGAGGUCAUCGGCCGCGCCAUCCGCGCCGUCGGCCCCGACGCUGUGCUCUCCGUCCUGCCCCUGAACCUCGCCACCCCCGCCCAGGGCCAGCCCGGCCGCGCCUGGAUGUUCCCGCUGCUGCGCGACUACGUCAGCAACACCCACCUCGCCCACUUCCGCGCCGAGAUGGUGCCCCUCAGCGAGCUCAUGUUCCAGCGCGUCCUCGACCACGGCGAGGCCGCCAAGACGAUGGAGGUCAAGAUCUACGAGACGCUCGUCCAGCAGAUCUGGGCCACGCUGCCCGGCUACUGCGACCUGCCCCUCGACCUGGCCGCCGCCUUUGACCAGAGCUUCGCCGAGCUGCUCGCCAACCUGCUGUACAAGCAGGUCGAGCUGCGCCUCGAGGUCUGCCGCGCCCUCAAGACCCUCAUCGAGUCCAACCAGGCCAUCGCCGAGCUCGAGGACGCCGCCGACGACAUGGUCCGCCAGAGCCGCGUGCCCCGCGAGACGGCCCGCGCCAACCUCGCGUACCUCGGCACCUACGCCGGCAACAUGCUCGCCGUGCUCUUCAACGUCUACACCCAGACGCUGCCGCAGAGCCGCGGCCCCAUCCUGCUGUCGAUCAACGCCUUCCUCAGCAUCACCCCCGCCGCCGAGCUCCGCGAGACCUUCGACCGCGUCAGCGCCCUGCUCGCCGCCGAGCUGCAGAAGGCGCCCGACGCCGCCGAGAAGGGCGCCGCCGCGCCGCAGAAGAAGCAAGGCCAGGACCAGGCGCCCUCGACGACCAACACGCUCAUGGACCUCAUCAUCACCAUGUCCGUCUAUCUGCCGCGCGACAGCUUCGCCGCCCUCUUCGAGAUGGCCUCGGUCACCAUCGUCCGCCAGGACCAGCCGCAGCUGCAGAAGAAGGCCUACAAGCUGAUCCCGCGCCUCGCCGAGUCCGCGACGGGCCGCGCCGCCCUCGAGGCGCGCACGUCGGAGCUGCAGGCCAUGUUCAUCGCCAGCGCCGACAAGGUGUCGGCGCCGGCGCGUCGCGAGCGUCUCGCCGCGCUCUCGGCGCUGCUGCCGUUCGUCCCCGACACGUCGCUGCACUUCAUCCCGUCGAUCCUCAGCGAGGUCGUCAUCUGCUGCAAGGAGAACAACGAGCGCGCGCGCGAGGCGGCCUACGGCCUCCUCGUCGAGAUGGGCGAGCGCAUGGCCGCCGCCGACGGCGCCACCAUUGACAACGCCAAGGUGCCGCACAUGCCCAGCGACGCCCCCGCCGGCACGGCCAACAUGGAGGAGUACCUCACCAUGGUGUCGGCCGGUCUCGUCGGCAGCACACCGCACAUGAUCUCGGCCUCGGUCACGGCGCUGAGCCGCGUCCUGUACGAGUUCCGCCCGCUGCUCAACCAGCAGACGCUCGCCGAUCUCGUGGCGACGAUGGACCUCUUCCUGACGUCGAACAACCGCGAGAUUGUCAAGUCGGUGCUCGGCUUCGUCAAGAUUUGCGUCGUCGGCCUGCCGACCGAGAUGAUGAUCCCGCGCCUGCAGACGCUGACGCCGAACCUCAUCAUCUGGUCGCACGAGCACAAGGGCCACUUCAAGAGCAAGGUCAAGCACAUCCUCGAGCGCAUGGUGCGGCGCUUCGGCUUUGACCUCGUCAACAGGUACUGCCCCGAGGACGACCGGAAGCUGCUGGCCAACAUUCGCAAGACCAAGGCGCGCAACAAGCGCAAGAAGGACGCGGCGCGCGAGGCCGGCGAGGACGCCGACAGCGACGACGAGCAGGCCGGCGGCAAGCAGGCGCGCAAGUUCGACAACGAGUACGACGAGGCGCUGUACAGCAGCGACUCGGACGACGACGGCCCCUCGGACGACGACGACGACAACGGCGGCAGCCGGUUCGCGCGUGGCGCCAACGCGCGCAAGGUCAAGGGACGGGGCAGCGCCUACAUUGUCGAGGACGAGGACGAGCCGCUCGACCUGCUCGACCGCAACGCGCUCGCCAGCAUCUCGUCGACCAAGCCGGUCAAGGCGCGCAAGCCGAGCCGCUCCAAGGCCAAGGUCGACCUCGAUGGCAAGCUCAUCCUCGGCCGCGACGACGACGACAACGAGGCCGGCGGCGCCAUGGACGUCGACAACCCUGACGCCUCGGGCGUGGGUGCCUACGUUGCGGCGCUCAAGGGCAAGGACGUCGCGCAGCGGGGACGCGGUGGAAAGCUCAAGUUCAGCAACAAGAACCGCAAGGACCAGCACGACGACGAAAUGGAUGAGGACAUGGACGAGGGCACGGCGCACGCUGUCAAGGCGCACGUCGCGCGGGGCCGUGGCGGAUUCGGUCGCGGCGGCGGAGGCCGCGGCGGUGGCGGCGGUGGAGGCCGUGGCUUUGGCGGUGGACGCGGACGUGGAGGUCCUGGCGGUCGCGGCGGUCGUGGUGGCAUUGCUUCCGGACGUCGCGGACUGGGAGAGGACAGGCGGCGAGGCGGCUUCGGUGGUGGUGGUGGUGGUCGUGGCGGCGGCGGCGGCGGCGGACCGCGUGGUGGUAUCCAAAAGUCGCCGCGCGGCCGGAGAUAG